AAUCAGCAGAGGAAAACAUUAGGAAAAUCGAUCAUAGUGAUAUUAUAGAUGUUAUACAUACUGCUAGCGAAUGGCAAGAACGAAAAGCUUCACUGAGACGCGUAAUAUUAGUGCCAAAUGUAAAGAAGAAGCAAUUGGAGGUAAAAAAUCAAUUGGGACACUUAAUACGUGCGAUGGAUUUUUGCCAAAUAGCAACAUCAUGAUUUAUUGUGCGUCUGAUAGCCAUUAUAUAUUAAUACGUGUGUAUCAUAGUUACGAUUUAGUUUUGAAAUUUGAUUCUGGUUUUUUGAGAAGCGCAUUUAUAAAAGCAUUCGAGAAAUUUAUCUCAGAAAUUUCAAUGACUGGAAAUGCAUGUUCGAUACAAAUGACGACUAAUUGCACGCAUGCAGCGUUACUCAAGCAAGCAAUAACCAAGAAACACCGUCAGAAAAAGUUGGAAAUGUUUUUCCGCGUUGUAUUCGCACAGGCAUUUCAUAUCGCACAUACGGAAGAAGAAAUUUUACAAAUAGAUUCGACAGUAGCACGAGAAGUGAUUCACACCGAGUUGACGAUCAUAGAAUUUGCAGAAGCUCUAAGUAUGAGACCGGACGCUGAAUUUGUAAAAAAGAUAUUCUAUCUAGUGGACAAGGAUAAAAAUGGCUUCAUAUCAUUUCGGGAAUUUGUCGAUAUGCUGGUAAUAUUCCUUAAGGGCUCUGCUGAAGAAAAGAUGAAACUGAUGUUUGAUAUGUAUGAUAUCAAUGGUACAGGAAGAUUAAAGAGAGAAGAGUUCUCAAAUAUGUUAAGAUCAUUUAUGGAGACUGUCAAUGCUGAUGUGAUGGAUGAUGAGCUGGAAGCUUUGGUACAAUCCAUGAUGUAUCACGCUGACUUGGCGAAUAAAGAGACCAUAAAUUUGCAAGACUUUCAGCAGAUACUGAGCGACUUUAAUGAUAAAUUUAAUUAUGCAGAGUUGGAAUUCAACGUAUCUACCGAUGGGAAAGGUAGCAGGAAACUUCACGCAGGUGUAAAAACAGUUAGAUCAACGUUUAUUGGUGAAGUACAGAAAACGGUAGAGAGCCUGUAUGCCGAUCCGGACGAAUUACAAUCCAGAAUUGAAGGAAAAGUCGAAAGCGAACAGAAAAAAGAGAAAAACAAUAGCGAAAUUAUCGAUAAAGAUGAAAAAAUUGUCGAAGAAAUGAAGAAAUAUUCGGAUGAUUAUUGGUAUCCUAUAAUGAAAUAUCUUGCUAACAAACGAUUGCAAAUAUUCUGGACGUGUUUAUACACAUUGUUCCUACUUGGAAUUUUCGCAGAGCGAGUGUACUAUUAUUCUAUAGAACGAGAACAUACCGGCUUGAGGCGAAUAUUAGGCUACGGCUUAACUAUAACAAGAGGUGCAGCGUCGGCUAUGAUGUUUACUUAUUCUACAUUAUUAAUAAUGAUGUGUCAUAAUACCAUCACCAUUCUGAGAACCACCAUUCUGCAAUUUUACAUUCCUUUCGAUUCAGCGAUCGAAAUGCAUAAAUAUGUCGCUUAUUGGGCAUUAAUGUUUACUAUAUUACAUAUAAUUGGACAUGGCUUUAACUUUUAUCACAUAUCUACGCAAACUGCCGAUGAUCUGACGUGUUUGUUCCGUAAUUACUUUCACGCAACGCAUGAACUUCCUAAAUUCCAUUAUUGGUGUUGGAGUACAAUGACAGGUAUAACAGGAAUAUUCUUAACUAUUUUGACUGGAUUAAUAUUUAUGUGCUCGUUGCCGAUGGUACGUAGAUCAUUCUACAACUGGUUUUCUCUCCUACACUCUUUAUAUCCAGUUUUUUAUAUACUGAUGGUUUUACAUGGCAGUGGAAGAUUAGUGCAAGAACCAUAUUUUCACUAUUUCUUCUUGGGACCAGCCAUUUUAUUUAUUCUUGAUAAAGUUGUAACUGUAACUAGAACAACAAUAGAAAUACCAAUACUGAAAGCAGAGAUUUUACCAUCAGGUGUAACGUGUGUAAAAUUUCCCAAACCUUUAAAUUUUCAAUACAAAUCUGGUCAGUGGAUUAGAAUAGCAUGUCCAGUGUUACAAACAAAUGAGUAUCAUCCAUUUACUUUAUCUUCGGCACCACACGAAACAAGUUUAAGUAUACACAUACGAGCGGUUGGACCAUGGACCACAAAUAUCAGGGAGAAACUAGAGCAAUGCAUAAUGUCAAAUAAAAGCCUACCAAUAAUUCACAUGGAUGGUCCAUAUGGAGAAGGUCAUCAAGAUUGGGAUAAAUAUGAAGUGGCAAUUAUGGUCGGUGGUGGUAUAGGUGUCACACCGUUCGCGUCAAUACUCAAAGAUAUCGUUUUUAAAUCAAAUUGCAAUUUAAACUUUGGUUGCAAGAAGGUAUACUUUCUUUGGAUAACAAGAACGCAGAAACAAUUUGAGUGGAUGGUUGAUAUAUUGAGAGAGCUUGAAAAAGCAGAUAUCAACAAUACAGUAUCUUUUCAUAUUUUUGUUACUCAAUUCUAUCAAAAAUUUGAUCUACGUACGAUACUUUUAUAUAUCUGCGAACGUCAUUUUCAAAAGAUUUCAAACAAAUCUCUGUUUACCGGUUUGAAGGCAGUGACACAUUUUGGACGACCCAAAUUUUCACAAUUUUUUCUAUCUUUAAAAAAAUUACAUCCUACUACAAGCAAGAUUGGUGUUUUUAGUUGUGGUACACCUGCUAUGACACAAGCAGUAGAUGCAGCUUGUAAAGCAAUUAAUCUCACAGAAAUCAAUGAUACAUUAUUUCAACAUCAUUAUAAAAGCUUCUAA